CGGGGGCGCAGUCCGGGGUCCGACCGGCCGAGCCCUGCGCGCCCCGCCCGCGCCCUGUGCCUCCGCCCGGCCGGCCAGCGGGGGAGGGGGCAUGAGCCGGCACCCGCGCGCCCCCGGGAGCUGCGGGCCGGCCUAGAGCCCGGUGCGGGCCCUGCGCCCGAGCCACCGCUGCCUCUGAGCUGCGGGAGCCGCGAUGCAGCGGCCCGGGGAACCAGGCGCUGCGCGCUUCGGGCCGCCCGAGGGCUGCGUCGACCACAGGCCCCACCGCUACCGCAGCUUCAUGAUAGAGGAGAUCCUCACUGAGCCACCAGGGCCCAAGGGCGCCGCACCCGCCGCCGCCGCUGCCGCCGCGGGCGAGCUUCUCAAGUUCGGCGUCCAGGCACUGCUGGCCGCACGGCCCUUCCACAGCCACCUGGCGGUAUUGAAGGCCGAGCAAGCGGCGGUGUUUAAGUUCCCGCUGACGCCACUUGGCUGUUCCGGGCUGGGCUCGGCGCUCCUGGCCACUGGGCCUGGGCUACCCAGCGUUGCAGGCACACCACACCUGCCUCUGGAGCUGCAGCUCCGUGGGAAGCUAGAGGCACCCGGCACCGGGGAGCCGGGCACCAAGGCCAAGAAGGGGCGUCGGAGCCGCACCGUGUUUACGGAGCUGCAGCUGAUGGGCCUAGAGAAACGCUUCGAGAAGCAGAAGUACCUCUCCACCCCGGACAGAAUAGAUCUCGCGGAGUCGCUGGGCCUGAGCCAGUUGCAAGUGAAGACUUGGUACCAGAAUCGGAGGAUGAAGUGGAAGAAAAUAGUGUUGCAAGGCGGUGGCCUGGAGUCCCCCACCAAGCCCAAAGGGCGGCCCAAGAAGAACUCCAUCCCCACCAGCGAGCAGCUCACUGAGCAGGAACGAGCCAAGGAGGCUGAGAAGCCAGCGGAGCCGCCUGGCGAGGCCAGCGACAAGGGCCGUGAGGACUGAGUGUGCAGUCCGGGGACCCCCUCAGUCUGGGAGAAACCUCGAGCCGGACCUUUUGCCUCCACUCUGUUUUGUAAACGUUUUAUUAUUACCUUGAAUGUGGACAGUUAGGGGCCAAACAAGGAAGGACACAGACCCUGAAGCCAACCCAGGCCCCAGUGCGCCGGUAGCCUGGAGACUCACCCCAGCGGCCGAAAGUCGCCUGUGCCCAGAGCUCCGCACACCAGGCGCACCAUGCACAUUCACGCCCCUCUCCUUACCGCACCCCACCCGCCUCGGACGUCCCUCGGCCAGGAGACCUCAGGCACACACCAGCUUCUGAACAUCUGGGACCCUGUGGCCACACAGGCCACCAUGGCCAGAGACCCUGUAUGGACAACCUGGCAGCUCAGCCCUGAAGCAGGGUACCUAACGUUGUUGGGGCCCCUACCCCUUUCUUGCGAAGACAGUGAUUUUUUUCCCAAUAAAAUAUUUUAUGACACAACAGG